AUGUCUACAACCGAUCAACCGGAGUCGGGGCCAAACACCAACAAAGAUAUCAACCAACCCCCAAUCACAACUUCGCAGGAUCAACAGACCACAGCACCAACCACAGAGCUCCAAGCCCAAUCAAACCCUGUCGCUGAUACAUCCAUCCCAUCUGUCCAUGAUCAAACACCCGCGACCCAGACCCAGACCCAGUUCCACCCCGCAACUGGCCCCAGUGGCGAAAGCAAAUCCGCCCCCGUGACAACAUCACUUACCACCACCAACCCUCCUCAAACUGUCGACCACGCUCCUGCUGUCGCGCUGGCACAGUCCACCACACCGCCUUCAAUGGAUACAGACGAGCCAAAGACUGCGCCCGAGACAUCAACGGAGCACUCCGAUGAAGGCUCCGGGAAGGAAGUCGAGGAGGAUGCUGGUCCAUCACUGGUGAUUACGUUGCUGUUGACAACGGGGUCGCGACACCCGUUUACGAUCGAUGGAAAGUAUCUAACGAAGCGAUCGGUGAAUGUUGAGAAUUCUGAUCCGUUCUUGAUGAGCGUUUACACGCUUAAGGAGUUGAUCUGGCGCGAAUGGAGAUCUGAUUGGGAGACCCGUCCCACGUCACCAAGCUCUAUCCGUCUUAUUUCAUUUGGGAAGUUGCUGGAUGAUAAGUCCCCUGUUUCUGACUCCAAGUUCAGCAAGGAACACCCAAACGUCGUCCAUAUGACUGUCAAGCCGCAAGAAGUCGUCGACGAGGAAGACGCAAAGGGAGCAAAGGCACAGUACAGCCGGGAGCGCGAAGCCAGUGAGCGCAGCCCCGGAUGCCGAUGUGUGAUUCUAUAAUCUCACUGCUCCAGCUACGGGUCUCAAUCGUGGACGGCCUGCUCUCGGCAAUGAUGUUGUCUACUGCUUACAUCCUUCCACCCUAAUACCCAGCCUUUCCUCCCUUGUCCAUCUUCCGUCAACCCUCCACCCUUCAUCUACCUGCCAUGGCAGCGACACGCCUAAUUCUGCCUGGACGCAGGAUCAACAUACCUGUUUUGCUGAGCCAACAUGGGCGCUCUGGAAGCGGCGUUUGGACAUUUCUUUCUUCUGACUGGACCUCCAUCCUACGACUGGGUUUCGACUUUCGACUUGUUUCUCUUAUUUCUGUGCCAUGUUCGAGCCGUCCUCCUGUUCUCUCAUCGCCAUAUCGUCUGCAUGCGGGCCUCAUUCAUCUAUCCAUGGAUCUUCUCUACUGGAGUGCUUCGUGUUUUCUUUUCGACCGUGUCGUCCGAGGGCUCGAUCUGAGAUUCAUUCUUUGCUUUUCGCAUUGCUGUCACCAUUAUUCUUACCCCGGUUUCGAUAUAUACCCCCUCCAAUCCGACUUUCCUUUUUCUUUGUGCUCUAUCAUUUUACCUGUCUGGUUCCUUUCCUCAUGGACUUUUGUGUACUUACGACUUUGACCCCUUUUCUUCUUUCUCUAUCCCUCUCUUUCUCGAGUUUCAUUCCUUUUUGCUUGCUUUUUCUAACUGCCUAUGGUGGUUAGUCGUAGUGUAUAGGGCGUUUUGGAGAAGGUUGACG